AUACCAAAUUUAACCCCAAUAGGCAAUAGGUAGUAUUGACUAUUGAGCAACGACCCAAAUAUAUUCCGGCAUUGAACAAAAUUGACUGAUAUUUCAAACGAAUGUACGGUGGUUCAAGCGACGGCGAGGACCAUGAAGGAUCCAUCCAGAGGAAGAUCCCACCAGCUUCGUCAAUGUUAUGGGUCAGAAAUCUUCGCCGUUUCAUUGGAUCUGGUGCCGGACUCGGGUCCGAAGCUUUGAUGGAGCUUGAAACAAAGAGAAUCUUGCUUGAUAUUUUUAAAGAAAAGCAACUGAAGAGUUCUGAAGCAGGUGCAAUUCCAAGCUUCUACAAGAAGAAACCAGAAGAAGGAUCUAUUAGCUAUAGAGUGCAGAGGCUGGCAAAGUAUCGGUUUCUAAAGAAACAAUCAGACCUUUUGCUUAAUGCUGAUGAUUUGGAUGCUAUGUGGGUUUGCUUAAGAGAGAACUGUGUAAUUGAUGAUGCUAUUGGUGCUGAAAAGAUGAAUUAUGAAGAUUUUUGUCAUAUUGCCUCAGUAUGUACAGAGCAAAUUGGCUCUAAAUGCCGGCGGUUCUUUAGUCCCUCGAAUUUCAUGAAGUUUGAGAAAGAUGAACAGGGGAGAAUAGCCAUCCUGCCGUUCUACCUUUAUGUGAUGCGAACGGUUUCACUAACUCAAGCAAGAAUAGAUAUGAGUGAGCUUGAUGAGGAUUCUGAUGGCUUUCUUCAACCACAUGAAAUGGAGGCUUACAUUAGAGGCCUCAUACCUAAUCUAGCACAACUGUGUGAUAUGCCUAAUGCCUUUAUGCAAAUGUAUUGUCGGAUAGCUGCACAUAAAUUCUUUUUCUUAUGCGAUCCAAACAGACGAGGGAAGGCUUGCAUAAAGAAAGUUCUCCUCAGUAACUGUUUGCAGGAAUUGAUGGAACUACACCAGGAAACUGAGGAGGAAGUCACUGACACCGAACAAGCUGAUAAUUGGUUCUCGUUGACUUAUGCGCAACGCAUUUGUGAUAUAUGGAAUAUUAUGUCUUUAUUUGCUUCUGCCUGCUGUUGUGUACAAGGAUAUGUUUUUAGCACUUGACAAAGAUAUGAAUGGAACCUUGAGCAAGCAAGAGCUUCGAGAAUAUGCAGAUGGUACUCUGACAGAUAUAUUUAUCGAGAGGGGUAUGAAACUGAUUUGAACAAUAUGUAGUCUUUUAAGCGAAUUUCAAUUUUUUAUAAAAAUCCUUUGUGUGUCUUUCUACUUAAUUUGUCGUUUUUUUGCGGUCUCUAGGUCAUCCAUCUGAGUAAUUAGUUUCCGUAGUAAAACCCAAUUUCUUUUAACCAGAUCAACUAUACCCAUCAGAUGCUCUCUUAAGCUAUAUUUUAUUAAAAGGCAUUUGUACACAAAUUAAGACUAAUCAUUGUGCACAACUAAGUGACAUGUUUUUAGGUAUCUUAAUUUCGGAUAUACAAUAUUGCAUUACCCCGAUGCCACUAAAUGACAUUUAGAACUCAUAUUAGUAAGUGGAGUUUUUUCCCAGAAAAUACACAUGUAAUAGUGUUACAAAGGAUGAAAUGCUACUAAAUCACCGAGGAGUCAAAAUUCGUAAUUUCAAAUUCAAGUCUCUAAGCUGGCCAUUGUUCAGUAUUGAUUCUUUUUUCGCUCUAGUUUUUGAUGAACUUAUACGUCGAGGAAAAAGUGGUGGAGGUAAUACUCGGGAGAUGGAUUUUAAGACCUUCUUGGACUUUGUUCUUGCCCUCGAGAACAAAGACACUCCUGAAGGUUUGACGUACUUGUUUAGGUGUCUUGAUCUUUAAGGAAAGGGUCACCUAACAACAGCUGAUAUUCAUACUCUCUUCAGGUAUCGUUUAUAUAUUAUGAACUAAUUUCGAUUCCUAUGAUUUUGCUAUAAAGUUCUUUCUAAUAUUGUGCUCUCAUUUUGAAUAAAGCAACACAAGCAACAUUAUUGGCAUGCAAAAUUAUUGAAACUAUGUCAUGAAAUAGUGUGUUGUUUCCAAUGCUUUACUUUUAUGUGGUAGCUUUCCUUUUCAAGCAAUUUGGAAACCAAAAUCCCUGAAGUAGUGUGUUAUUUUAGAUUCACGCCAUGUAUUUUCAAACUGAAAGGUGAGUGAAAAAAGGAUACAUCUGUAUUGUAUAAGUGUAAGCCUGCUUCUUUUGUUCUAAUAGAUUUGACAUUUCGUAGCUAAAAACUGGUUAUAAGAUCUUUCCGAUGAAGGGAUAUUGCUGACAUGAUUCUUUUUUUCUUUUAUUUACCUUGGCGGCUUGACCAUACUGAUGCAACCUAGGUUUUCCUUUUGGUUAAUUUAAGAUUUCUUUUCACGUGCCAAGUUUCAUCCCUAUUCCCGUAUUUGCUUUGGCAAUGGGCACAUCAAAGACUUCAUUCAGGUCAUUGUGUCCAUUAGUGCAAAAUCUCGGAUGUUGUUGCGGUUGUGGUAACGGCCGUGAAAACCACUUUCUUGGUCAUUGCAUAUGGUUUUGCGGUUAUUGCAACCUAUUUAGCUGUUGCGGUAACCUCAAGAACAUUUAUAAUGUGGUCAUGAUGCGAUGAUUCGGCUGAAAAUAUUGCACUAUGAUUGGGUCAGGUUUUUGGUGUGGUGUUUCAACUUGGGCAUAGAUGUGUUUCUUCUUGGAUCUUUUUUGGGUUGUGCAUUACUAGUCAGCAUGUCUUUGUCUUUUGAAAAAAUUGUCUUGUUAGAUUGGGUCUAUUUUAACUCAAUCGGCCAGCUAAAAAUUCACAACAUGUGACAUAUGUAUAGAUAUGGAAGAAAAGAAGGGUGACAUCUGCAAGCUUGAGAUGUUUGCCCGAUACAAUCUUUCGACAAAAACAUCUGUCAUUUCCUUCUCACAGAUUGUAGUGAAAUCUGUGAGUCUCAUACUGACAGAGACAUUGAAAAAGUAUGUCAUUAGUUUAUGGUUACGUAUGGAAUAUUCAUUAAAUUGCCAUGAACUUUACAUGUCUUAACAUAAAAUUCAUUUUUCUUAUUUGCCUUUUUUUUGUCAGAGAUGUACACCAGAAAUGGAUUGAGGGAGGAAAUUACGAAUUAUGUAUCGAAGACGUAAGAGAUGAAAUUUGGGAUAUGGUGAAGCCUAGGGAUCCAUUAAAGAUCACAUUGCAGGAUUUACUAAUGUGCAAGCAAGGAGGUACAGUAGCCAGCAUGCUUAUAGAUGUCCGUGGCUUCUGGGCUCAUGAUAAUCGAGAAAAUCUGCUUCAAGAGGAAGAGGAACCAGAGGAAGAGGGUUAAAGUUUCCGAGGAUAAAGAAUGGAAUCUUGCAAUUGUUAUUUUGAAAGAAUCUUAUUUGUAUGCUUAUAGUUAUAGGUGUGUAUUAUACAUGAUGAUGGAACGGUAUGAUUAAAGGCGAGGAAUGAGCUAACAAGGUAACUUCUAUGUAGUCGCUUUUCUGCGAUAUAUAUCUGGUUUCACUACUCUAAGAUCUUAGAGUUUUGAAAAUGUAGCAUACAACCGAUGUACAUACUGUCUCUUAUCAGUAAAUCACGCGGCAUUUGUGGUGAUGGUUAGAUUUCCGAUAUCUAACUUGCUGGAUGUCGAAACAGUUUUGUUUUUUGGAUGGCCAGAUUGUUCAUAAUGUUUGGUUUGUUCAUAAUGGCUAUCAAAAUUGUGCUCACUCCAAAAUUAGCCCACUAUCUAACUUGGUUUUCCUCUUCACUUGUAAAUUUUAUUUAUUUAUUUAUUUAUUUAUUAUUCAUUUUUUAUUUCUUUGAAUUUGAAUUAAAAGAAGUGGUAGAAAAGUUGACUUUUUACGCUCUUAAAGCUACUUAUUUGCAAAAACUAUUUCUAAAUUUGAGUUGUUUGAUCUGAAACUUGAAAAUAGUAGAAUUGAAAAAACAAGAAUAUGUUUGAAAUUACGUCAUAAAAUGAUGUUUGAAAGGUUUUUGAAGGCAUUAACUUGCAAAAACAAUAUUUCUGCUCUUCCUGUAUGGGUUAAAAUUCCCUUGUUUGAAUUUGAGAUAUUGGAGAAUUGAGCAAAUAGGUUGAAUUGGUAGUGUCUUUGGAAACCUAUUGUGGCUGAUCAUCACCAUGGUCCAUAUCAAAGGUAAAAUCUCUAUUUGCUUGUGUUCUUAUAGAAAUGUCUUUUACUAACUUAGUUGUUCACUCCAUUCUGGUUAAAUCAUUAUCGAACAUGUUAAUUAUGAGUAGAUGUUUAUUCGUUGUUUUAAUUGUGGAUCCAUGCAUUGCUAAGCAACAUGUGGUUUGGGAGUGUAGAGUUAUACAUUUUUCCCUUCAGAAACCAAGAAACAUGGCCCUACGACUAUUGUGAAAUAAACUCCUUCAUGCAAGCCCUUGCCACUAUUGUGACUAUGUUAGAAAAUGAUGAUGAUUGGACACCCCAUAAUUAUUUAACGUUAGUAAAAUGUUUUAAUU